AUGCGGAUUCUACUCCUACUAUUCGCUGUUGUCAUUUAUGCAUGUGCCACUUCGAAAGUCGAAAAAACUGAUUUCGACAUUUUUUAUUCCGAAAAUAACGAAGUAAAGGAUAGAUAUCAUUACAAUGAUAAAACUAAGACUCGUACUUAUCGAUAUGCGUCUCAACCCGAUAGCAUCAGUGAGGAGGAGGAGUUCGAGGGAAUCGUACGAGAUAGAUUCUAUAAAAGUGUCGAGAAGGAUGUUAAGAAUAAGGAGGACGAUGAAGAAGACGAUGAUCCAGUUAUUAUGGUUAAAGUCAGCCGAAUUACUAAGCCGACUAAUGGUUUGCGCGCCAAGAAGAGCAAUGAGUUUAAGGAUGUUCCGCUAGAAGAAAGAAGGAAGUUGCACCGAAUUCGAAAUGAAAAAUCGAUCUCAACGAAAAGGAUGAUCGAAUUUUGCAGGAAAUGGGCGAAGAAAAAUAACAUGGAAGAGGCGAUGGAAAAAUUCAUUCGGAAAUCAAUGAAACGCCAGAUCGAAGAAGCGACGUUGCGACGCAAAAUCUACGAAGAUCUUGGAGCCGUUCUGCAAUCAUUCGAGGAGAUGAUCGUCGAUGAAAAUUUGUCGUCGGAAGACCGCGCGAGACUGACUGCCGAAAUUGUCAAAGAUCAAGAUUCGCUUGUGAAAAACGCGUUCGAUGUCAUACUUUCGGCUAAACUCGAUUCCAGCUAUUAUCAAACACCAUUCGACGACAUUGAUAAUGAGGUGAGAAUGAGAAGAAGUAUUGGACAUGGAGCACAACCGAAUCAUCAUAAGAAAUCGCACUAUCACAAAAAGGUCCCAUUUGACCUUGGCCGCAAUGUGGUAUUCUGGGUGUUUAGUUCUCUCGAUUGGUGA